AUGGCGGUGUCAGGUCGCGGCGGGCCGGGGGGGGCACCUGAGCGGGGAGCGCCGGAUUUGACGGAGGCCGCGCCGGGGAGGGCUGGGCCGGUGGCUGGAGGGAGCUAUUUCGGGGCGGAAGGUCGGUUGUACGGCGGAGGCGCUCCUUAUAACUCCCUCGACGCCCUCCACGUCCCACUCCCUCGCCUCGCGUCGACAGCGCCGCGCACCCAGCCCUGGCCUUGUGCUCUUCACGUCCCGGGGCGCCCAGCGGACGGGGGCGCUUGCGAGGGUGCUGCGGUCGGCGCCCCCGCGUCAGCGCCAGUCCCGCUGGUGGAGACGCAGACGCGGACCCGGACGGUUGCCGGACGGCGGUUGGACGGGGACGUGGGCGGAGACGGAGACGGAGGCGAGGCUGGGGCUGAAGGGGCCUCGCAGCACGCGGCGCGGGCGAGGCGCGUGGCAGGCGUGCUCGGACCCUCGACGUCUUCCGUCGACGCUUAUGAGCCCGCGCGGCCUCCUCUCCUCCCCGCUCGCUCCCCUCUCCGCCCCCGUCCCCCCACACGCCCCGCCACAGCCACAGCCACCUCCAGCCACCUCCUACAACAUUCAUCCUCCUCGCCACCACCCUCUUCGUCCUCGUCCUCGUCCUCUUCUUCACCGCUACCACCACCGCUACCACCACCACCACCACCACCACCAGCGGAUCCACACCCAUCUCCACCCGCGGACGACGAAGAGCCCAGUGCUGACGAGCCCGCACCCGGCGCCGCCAUGCCACUCCUGCGCAAUCGCAGCUUCGGCUCCCUCGCCAACCUCCUCGACUCCCUCCAGCCCGCGCCCACACCCACCAACGACCUCAGAUCGAUCCCGAUCUCGUCCCCCUCCGCACCCGUCGCCCUCGCCCGCCCUCGAUCCCACUCCCACUCCCACUCGCCCUCGCCCCCGCCCUCGCGCUCGCACGUGCCACCGCACGCGCACUCGCACUCGGCGUCCUCGGCCUCGUCCACGCCCCAGCCCGACAAGCCGCUCCCCGUGCCCCCAGACCCCUCCGCGCCCCCGCCGGCCCCCGCCAUCUCCAAGCGCACCCACGCCCUCCUCGAGCUGCUCUCCUCCGAGCGCGCGUACGCCUCGGACCUCGCCCUCAUCCGCGACAUCCACAUCCCGCUCGCCCUCGGCAAAGAGGCCCCGUUCCCUCUUCCAUCCGCCCCUGCCAGCGCCGCCGCCGCCGCCGCCGCCGCCACAGACACCCCGACCGUCAUCCCCUCCUCUGCCUCCUCCCGCACCCUCUCCACCGCCUCCUCCUCCACCGCCGUCUCGUCCGCCUCGGGCGCCGCCCCUGCCGCCGCCGCCGCGGCGCCGAUGACCCCGCACGACGCCCACACCAUCUUCGGCAACGUCGCCGAGCUCGCGCUCUUUUCCGACGCGUUCUCCGAGCGCCUUGAGGACGCCCUUGGCGACGUGCUCGAGGGCGGGAAGGGCCCCGACCACGUCGGCGAGGUCUUCAUCGAGAUGAUCCCGCACAUGGAGCCGCCGUACAAGACGUACAUCACGCACCACCCGACCGCCGUCGCGCACCUCAACGCGCUCCCACAAACCCCCGCGCUCGCCGCCUACCUCGCGCACACGCGCACGCUCGCCGCGUCCCUCACCCACGCCUGGGACCUCCCCUCGCUCCUCAUCAAGCCCGUCCAGCGCCUCCUCAAAUACGCCCUCCUCCUCGCCGCCGUCCUCGACGACACCCCCGACUCCCACCCAGACAAGCCCCGCCUCCGCACCGCAAAGUCCAUGAUCGAGGCCGUCUCGCGCGCCGUCAACGAGGGCCGCCGCCGCCGCGAGGUCGUCCGCGACAUCCUCGCCGCCGCCGACCCCGCCGCCAAGAAGAAGCCCGCCCCACCCGUGCUCGCGCUCCCCCUCGUCCUCGCCGCCGCCGUCCACAUCGGCCGCGUCACAAAGGGCCGCCCGCCCCUCGCCCCCGCCGACACGGACGAAACAGACGCCGUCGCGCGCCUCGAGCAGCGCCUCAAAGCCGCCCUCGCCUACGCCCACGCACUCGCGCGCGACGCCCUCGCCUGGGCCAGCGCCGCCCGCGCGCUCGCCGCGCAGCUCGCCACCUGGGCCCGCGCCUUUGGCCGCGCGCUCGGCAUCACGCCCGAGCAGGCCUCCGAGGCCUUCGACGCCUUCUGCGCCGUCGCGGACCCGCAGCUCACCGCGCUCUCCGACGCACUGGACGCGACGCUCCGCGCGCGCCUCCUCCCGCCGCUCCGCGCGCUCGUCGAGUCCGCCGCGCCCCCCUUGCGCCUCCUCGACGCGCUGCACGCCCUCGCGCCCGCGCACGCCGCGCUGCUGCACCACAGCGCCGCGCGCGGGCGCCCCCCUCCGGCGCUCCUCGACGCGUCGCAGGCGUACGUCGCGCUGCGCGGGGAGCUGCGCACCGAGCUGCCGAAGUUCCUGCGCCUGGUGGAUAAGGCGCUCGCGCACGCGCUGCAGGCCCUCGCGGGGUGGCAGGCGCGGUACUGGGCGGACGUGCGGGAUUGCUGGGCGGAGCUGUGGGAUGCGCUGCGGGUGGAGGGGGAGCGGAACGCGGGGGCAGAAGAGACGGAGAGGGUGUGGCGCGAGCGGUGGGAGCUGGUCGAGCGCGAGGUGGCGGCGCUCGGGAUCGUGGGUGCGGAGCGGGCGCCGCUGCGGGCGCGCGGGAGCGGCGGCGCAGGAGGCGGAGGGAGUGGUGGUGGGAAUGAUGACGCCGCGGGUGGGGGCGGUCACAGCGGGAGCAGCCAGAGCCAUAGCAGCGGCAGCGGGAACAGCAACAGCAGCACCACGCGCGCAGGGGCCGUCGCCUCGAUGCUCAACGCCCUCGACCCCAUACGCCCCUCCACCGCUUCCCCCUCGUCCCCGCCCCCUGUCCCGCCCCCCUCGUCCUCCCGCGACCCCCCGCGCGCACGCCCCUACGGCUACGGCUUUGCACCCGCCCUCGCACGCGCUCCCUCCUCCUCCUCCUCUUACGCCCACGCCCCCGCGCCGCGCAGACGCCGCUCCAGCGAGAGCCUGCACUCCAUCCGCUCCGCGCGAUCCGCGCUCUCCUCCACCCGCUCCGCGCGCACAGACGACUCCGCCCUCGCGCGCCCGCCGCCCUUGCCGAACUCGCACUCGCACUCGCAGCCGCACACCCCCCCGUACCCAUACCAUCACCAGCAGCAGACGCAGACGCAGAAGCAGAAGCAGAAGCAGAAGCAGCUGCCGCCCCCGCGCCGCGCGAGUGCUCCGCUGCCGCUGCCGCUGCGCAAGGCGCCCUCGCAGGGGCGCUUUGCCCGCGAGGCAGAGCCCUCGCCGCCGGAUAGGGACCGUGACCGUGGCCGUGACCGCGACCGUGAUAGGGGCCGCCUCCAGCGCGCGCAGAGCCUGCGGCAGAACUUUAUGGACACGUUCCGCGCGCCGCGCACGGGCUCGCGCAAGGCGCGCGCGACCCAGGCGCAGGCUCAGACGCCGGCCUACGCUCCGCCGGCGUACGGGGAGCCCGAGGACGAUUACGACUAUGCCUACGCCGACGACAACCCCGCCGACGCCGACGCCGACGCCGACGCCGCAGCCGCGGACGACGCGGCGCUGAUCACGCAGUGGCGCGGCGCGCGCGCGCUGUACACGUGCCGCGUCGUGCACGCGUGCGCGCCGCCGCCGGGCGUGGCGUACUGCGGGCUGCCGUUCUUCACGCUCGCGCUCGGCGCGGCGUUCGACGUGCUCAAGGAGGCGGGGCACCCGAGCGCGCACCGCGAUCUGCCGCUGUAUGUUGAUGAUGGGGAGGACUGCUUGUUGCUUGUGCGGGAGAGGGAGAGGGAGAGGGAGAGGGGGGAGGGGGCGCUGGGGUGGGUGUUGGCGAGUUUCGUGUAUCCGUUGGAGUGA